AUGGACGAGUCGGAGCCCCUUUUGGUCGCCCGUUCGGAUGAGAGGAGGCAAAACGGCCACUGCAGCUGGAGACUUGGCACCCCUAACAUGGAUGCCAGGGUGGUGGAAGACCUGAGGCGCAGGCUCAAGUACUUCUUCAUGAACCCUUGCCAGAAGUACAAAGCCCGGGGUCGCAAGCCGUGGAAGUUGAUGCUGCAAAUAUUAAAAAUCGCCCUCAUCACCGCUCAGCUGGUCUCAUUCGGACUGAGCAACGAGAUGAUGGUCACGUUCAAAGACGAGAACCUGAUGACGUUCCGACACCUGUUUUUGAAAGGAUACAAGGAGCACCAGCUAGGAGGGCACAAUUUGCACACAAAAAAAGAUGUGUAUGAUAACAUCUACUACAUCAUCGACAGGUACAUCAAUCUCCAAAACCUGACUGUAGGCAAUCUGGCUUAUGAGAGGACUGACAGCGAGUACACACCUCUGAUGGUCUGCCAAGUGUUGUACAGGAACAGCAACAUAGACCCCGGAAAUGAGACUUUCUACAUCGACCCACACAUUGACACAGAAUGCUUUUCCAUCUACCCUGUGCAGUCACUGGACAAUGUCAGUCUGGCGACGGUCUUGAAUUUCUCUUUGGACUUUAGGAGGCUGCUGUCAGUCAACGUUCACUUCACCCUGAAAACUAUUAACCUGCAGACCGUGAGGCACCACGAGCUUCCCGACUGUUACGUAUUCCACGUGGUGAUCACGUUUGAAAACCACGCUCACAGCGGAAGUAUCAAGGUGGCCGUCGGAAAUGAUGUGACCAUCAACGAAUGCAGGGAUUGGAACGUGGAAGGCACUUCAGGGAAAAACGACUACCUCCUACUCUUUUUCGAUUCUUUGGUUAUUCUUGCCUGCUUCGCCUCGCUGAUCCUGUGCUUACGUUCCGUCAUCAACGGCAUCCAUUUACAAUUUGAGUUUAACACAUUUUUUCAUGCCUACUACAACAAAAUUGUGACGUGGAGCGACCGCAUGGAGUUUGUAAAUGGCUGGUACAUCCUCAUUAUCAUUAGCGACACUCUGACCAUCGCUGGCUCAGCUUUUAAGAUUGGAAUACAAACAAAGUUCAUGACAAGCUACGAUGAGUGCAGUAUCUUGCUGGGCACGGCGACCAUGUUGGUAUGGGUGGGUGUGAUUCGGUACCUCGGUUUCUUCAAAAAAUACAAUAUUCUCAUCUUAACUUUGAGAGCGGCUUUACCAAACGUAAUCCGAUUCUGCUGUUGUGCGGCCAUGAUCUACCUCGGCUACUGUUUCUGUGGCUGGAUUGUGCUUGGGCCGUACCAUGACAAAUUCCGAACACUCGACAAGGUGACCGAGUGCCUCUUCUCGCUGGUCAAUGGCGAUGACAUGUACGCUACCUUCAUGAAAAUGCGUGACAAUGGCUACAUAGUGUGGCUCUUCAGCCGCCUGUACCUCUACUCCUUCAUCUCUCUCUUCAUCUACAUGGUGCUCAGCCUCUUCAUAGCCCUCAUCACGGACACCUAUGAGACUAUUAAGCAUCACCAGCAAGAAAAAGUACCAAUUUCUCAGCUCCAGGCCUUCAUCGCAGAGUGCAGAGACGAGCCAGAGUCUGGACGCUACCAAAUAGACGAGGAGCCUCUUUCUUGCCCUCUCAUGGCUUGCUUUUGCUGUGGGUGUAAGGAAAAGAUGUGA